AUGCAUUUCCCCGACGAGUGGGGCCCAGGCGGCGGCGACAGCGGUCCGACCGAGUCAAAGCUGAUCCCGCUCUUGAUGCAGAGCAACGAGGCGCUCCUCAUCAAGACGCUGCUGGCGCGGAGCUGCCCGAGCGCAAGGCUGAGCCGCGUGCAGCGCGUGCAGAACAAGAUGUUGUGGCGUGCGUACACCCACUAUCGCGACGAAGAGCUCAUCCACACUUGCGCCGGCGACGUCAACGAGAUGCUCCUCUUCCACGGCACCGCGGAGCGGGCGGCGGAGGAUGUGCUCGCACACCAGAACGGGCUCGACCCUCGCUUCUCCAAUGGCGGCUUCUAUGGCCCAGGCAUCUACCUGGCGGAGGACCCGUCGUACCCGAUCGGCGGCCGGUACGCGCACCGCAUCUACGGCUCGGGUGGCCGCCGCGUGCAGCUGCUCAUCGUGAAGGCCGCCCUCGGCUCGCAGCAGGAGAUGGGGCAGCGCAUCAGCGCGGAGACGAGGGCGAUGCGCAUGCCCGGCGUGCGCGUCGAGGGCCCGCCCCGACUCCUCUACAACAGCGUGCGCGGCGGGCCGCACCGCCCCUUCCUCUCCGGCGGAGGCGAGAGCGGGUGCGACGCAUCCAUCGUGCACGUGGCGUACGAGUCGCGCCAGAUGUACCCGGCGUACGUGAUCGAGGUCGAGAUUGAGAUGGGGGCCGAGGGGUGCAUCGAGCUCAUGCACAGCGGGCAUACCAGCCAGACCGGGUACUACAUAGUGCAGAUCAUCGACCUCAAGCCGAUCAAGAAUCCGCAGAGCGGCGCGGCAGAUCGCUACCGUCUCGUCAUCUCGGACGGCCGCCACUACAUGCAUGCGAUGCUCUCCACGUCGCUGAACCCGAUGAUUCAGCGAGAUGGGAUCCGCGCGCUGAGCAUCGUUCGCCUCGACAACCACAUCAUGAACAACGUGCAGAACCGCAAGGUCAUCAUCAUCCUGAAGUUCGCGCUCAUCUCAAACGACCAGCCGCAGAUCGGCCACCCGCAACAGUGCCUGCCGUAA